GUGGAGUGGAGCGUGAAGCUGAAAUCCAGAAAAGUCUCGUUAGACAGACUACCGAAAUAGCGAAUCCAUGACGUGCCGGUCAACGAUAUCGAAGAAUGAGAAGCGGCAUUUAACAGCGUUCCUCUGCUACGGCAGCUCCAAGCUCCCCACAGCGGCGUCAUUGGAGCGCGAAGCACCCGACGUUCAUCAACAACCACCACAAUAUUGCUGCACACUCCGCUGCCGACUCUGCCGACUCUGCCCUUCCCAGGACUUGCUGCCGCUAGGAGAUGUAGUCAUGGCCUUUCAGUGGAAGGCAUUCGACUUCUUCGACGUCAGCCAGGUCCGACUUGCCGAUGACGAGACCCGACUCUUCUUCGAGAGCAACGAGAUCGCCAGUGUUUGUUCGGGAUCGGACAGCCUGUUUCUUGGUAGCUACGAUGGAUACGUUCGCAUUGUUGGGUCGAGCUGGAAGGUGGUGAAGAGCUUCCAGGCUCACGAGGUUGGAACGAUCACCCACAUGCGCCAGAUUGAGGGGACGAGCUUGCUGGUUACGGUCGCAGAGGAUCUUAGUAGCGAGCCGGUGCUGAAGAUCUGGGCCUUGGACAAGCUGGUAAAGAAGACGAACAUGCCUACAUGCCUGAGCACUUUGCAGAUCAGCAACGGCAAGAAGCAGUUUCCCAUAUCGGCUAUCGACGUCCUCGAUAAUCUUACCCAAGUAGCGGUUGGCUUCGCCAACGGCACCGUAACCCUGAUCCGAGGCGACUUAAUCAACGAUUUGGGAGCUAGACAAAGAACCGUUCAUGAGUCGGAGGAGCCCAUCACGGGUGUAGAGCUGAUGGCCGAUCCCCAGGGCCUCACUACCCUGUUCAUCUCAACAACAGCCCGGAUCUUGAAGUUGAGCAUCUCGAAGAGAGGCCACAGCUCCCCGCCAAAGACUGUCGAGGACAUGGGAUGCCACGUCGACUGCAUGACGGUUGACAAGAAGACGGGAGAUGUUGUCGUGGCUAGAGAAGAUGCAAUCUACACCUACACAUUGGAGGGCAGAGGAGCGCCACGCGCGUACGAGUCGGCAAAACGGUUGGUCUCGAUUUACCAGGACUACGUCGCCCUGAUAUGCCCGCCAUCGUCUUCGACUACCGAGAAGCCGACUGACACCAUGCGUCGUCGCUUUGGAGGCGGUGCCGCAGACGCGCUGUUCAACGCAUCCACAUUUGUUCUCCUUGAGCCAGAUCUGAGGGUUCUGGGACACACACAGUCUCUGAUUUCGCCGUUCAAGGCCAUUUUCCAGAUUUGGGGCGAUCUCUUCAUUCUCACACAAGAUGGAAAGGUCAGCCGGUAUCACGAGAAAUCAUUGCAACAGCGCCUCGAGAUGUUGUACCAGCGCAACAUGUUUCCCUUGGCCGUCGAGUUGGCGCAAAAGUCGGGCUUGGAUGCCACACAACAGAGUGGCAUCUUCCGGCGCUUCGGUGACUAUUUAUACCAGAAAGCAGAUUAUGACGGGGCUAUGGUUCAGUAUAUCAAGGCGAUUGAUACGACAGAACCAUCGCAGGUUAUCAGAAAGUUUCUUGAUACUCAGCGGAUACAUAACCUCAUCCAGUACCUCGAACAACUACACGAGCACCGCAAGGCAACGUCCGAUCACACAACACUGCUCCUCAACUGCUAUGCCAAACUCAAAGAUAUUGACAAGCUAGAGGCCUUUAUCAAGUCACCAGGUGACUUGAAGUUUGAUUUGGAGACCGCAAUCUCCAUGUGCAGGCAAGGGGGAUACUAUGAUCAAGCGGCCUAUCUUGCCAAGAAGCAUGGCGAGAUUGAUCUGGUAGUCGAUAUUCUCAUAGAGGAUUCAAAGGCAUAUGACGAGGCUCUUGAUUUUAUUUGGCAUCAAGACCCGGAAGUAGCAUUCCCUUGUCUCAAAAAGUAUGCUCGAGUCCUCAUCGAGAACUGCCCGAAAGAUGCGACAUCAGUGUUUGUCGACUACUACACCGGCAAGUACCGGCCUAGACUGCAUCUAGUCCCAAUCGAGGACAACGGAGAAACUGUUGUCGGAGGCGGCAUGGUUGCCGGCGCAGCAAGCGCAGUACAGAACCUUUCCAACUUCCUGCCUUUACCCUACAUGAACACAUCAUCUCUGCAAAGCCCAUCAACACCAGGGAACGGAACCACGGCAAUCAAUGGCGAUGCUCAAAUCAUCAUGAACCCCGAGGACAUUCCCGCGCCAAAGUAUACUCCGCCACCCCCAAGGACGGCUUUCUCUUCGUUCAUAGACCACCCGGAUGAGUUUAUUGUCUUCCUAGAGGCGUGUCUGGAGGAAAAGGGCCUGAAGGAGAGUGACAAAACAGACCUGUAUACCACACUGUUUGAAAUGUAUCUUCACAAGUCGAACGAAAAGAAGGGGGAACAGCACCGGGAAGAGUGGGAGAACAAGGCGAAGAAACUCAUAGAGGGCGAGGACAUUCCCAUGGAGAGCUCCAAUGUUCUGCUCCUAUCUCACUUGUCCAACUUCAAGGACGGCACGACGCUAGUCAAGGAGCAAUCCGGCCUGCUGUUUGACAUCUUCCGGUCUUACACAUCAGCCAAGGAUACCCGCGGAGCUAUCAAGGCGCUGCGUAAAUACGGGCCUGAGGAACCGCAAUUGUAUCCGGCGGCCCUCGCGUACCUCACCUCGGACCCGCGUAUCCUCGAGGAGGCUGGUUCAGAAGAGCUUUCUGCCGUUCUCAACAAGAUCGACAAGGACGGCCUCAUGGCGCCGCUGCAGGUCAUCCAGACGCUUGUCGGGCAGUCGGGCUCAUCGGGCGGCGUUGCGACCAUGGGCAUGAUCAAGCCAUACCUCCACGACACGAUCGAGCGCGAGCGCAAGGAGAUCGCGGCGAAUCGGCGGCGUAUCUCGGCGUUCCGCGUCGAAACGGAGCAGAAGCGGGCGGAACUCGCCGACCUCGGCUCCAAGCCGGCCGUGUUCCAGUCGACGCGUUGUGCCGUCUGCACGGCGCCGCUUGAUCUGCCAGCAGUGCACUUCCUCUGUAAACACAGCUUCCACCAGCGAUGCCUGCGCGCUGAGGGCGAGUGCCCGCAGUGCGCCAACGACAACGCAACGAUCCGCGCGCUGCGUAAGACGCAAAUCGAGACGGCGGGCAAACACGAGCUUUUCAAGGCCGAGCUGGAGCGUAGCGAGGACCGGUUCUCAACGAUUGCCGAGUGGUUCGGGCGUGGCGUCAUGGGGGCGCCCAACGCCGACACAACGUGAGCGAGGAGAGGUUUGGGGGGAGGAAGGGAUGGCAAUCAACCUGCAAGAUGGACCCGUCCCACUUGUCGACUCGAAAACAAGGCUCGGCUGUAGUGCUGCAGGGUGACGGCCAUUACAAAACGCCGUGGAAAGACGGGCAAGAGAGGCCCAGAUCGGUAGUGGUUUACAUCGCGUAAUAAUACCAGCUUCAUCAGCGCAAACCUGAUACAACGAACGGACACUGCCCCGUUUUGGACGAGGCAGAUACCAGAUCGAUUCAUCCCUCUCUAGUGAAAUACAUAGCCAGCCAACGUGGUCUCUCAAGAAAGUCGCACGGUUUACAAAAUAUGCGCAACACUGAAUUGAUUACCUACGUACGUACACUGAGUACGAGGAGGUUGAGGUCUCCCCUCCACCCCAUCUCUGAC